AUGAGUAGAGCGUGGCCGACAAAGGUAGAUGAAAUCCUUGUUAGAUUUGGCAAUGGAAGAAAUGGAAGAAGGAUGAGAGCAACCCAUCUGAAUCAUAAAACGGCAAAACAAUGUGCUGAUAGAUGGAAAAACAUUUUGAGAUAUAAUCCAACAGAUAUUGACAGACCAUUUACCCCUUUUGAGUGUAAUAUGAUUCGGCAGUUGUACCAAAAAUAUGGCUCUCGAUGGGGAAGAAUGUCCACAGUUCUCCACCGCCCUCCUCAAAUGAUAAUGGAAUGCUGGAUUUCUUUAAAUGCUAUAGACGAAGCGAGAAUACGCGAACAAACACGCGAGCAAACACGCGAGCAAACACGCGAGCAAACACGCGAACAAACACGCAAACAAACACACGAAACAUGCGAACAAAUGGCUAUUCAACGAUUUCUUUCUUGA